UACUUUUUUACUUGUCGUCGAAUUACGGAUUAUGCAUAAAAUUCAAUUCCGUAAAAUUGAAUAGUAACCAUCACUUUCGAUGUUAAUCGGUAAUUUGUAAUUUGUUUAGAGGAAAAUCAAUGCCCAGGUAACCUACAGACAAAUGUGAUAUGCCUAAUCGAAGCGCACAAGAAGAAUAUCCGACAUGGAUCGGGUUCAUUUUUAUCUUCAACCUAAUCGUUGGAACGGGGGCGCUGACGCUCCCGUCUGCGUUCAGUCAUGCCGGAUGGCUUCUGGGGACGGUGCUCAUUGUAGUUUUGGCCUUUGCAAGCUAUGUAACGGUAACGUUCGUCAUUGAAACGAUGGCUUGUGCAAACGCUAUUCAAAACUGGAAGCGACUACAGUUCAUCAAAAGGGACCGUGUGCUUGAACAUGACGAAGAUAGCAACGUGGAAUUGAUUGCAGAAGAACCUUUGAUAGCGACCGGUGCGGCGGACGAGCAGUUGACGGAUGCCAGCAUUGAGCAGACUCCGCUGAACAUUAUGUACAGUCGGAACCAGUACUAUAGUCUUUCGUCUAAGCUCGAACUUGGGGAGAUGGCUAAUUUGUUCUUCGGGAGGAAUGGCCGGUUUGUGUUCUACUUCUGCUUGGCAGUCUAUUUGUACGGGGACUUGAGUAUCUACACGGCUGCUGUAUCCAAGAGCUUGAGAGAUGUUAUUUGUUCACACAAUCAUUCUAUGAAUGCGACGGACAACGACGAUGUUAUAACACGGUGCUGGGAAGAGAGUGUACUCUCACGGUUCGAUAUCUACCGGCUCUGCUUGGUUGUAUUCGUAGGCAUUUUGGGACCAUUUGUGUUUUUCAAUGUACAGAAAACCAAGUAUCUGCAACUGAUUACUGUCCUCUUCCGGUGGCUCGCGUUCUCAGUAAUGAUUAGUAUCGCUAUUCAUAGACUCUUCGCGCAACAAACAGUGCCACCAAUCACCCCAGAAAGAGCCAACAUUAAUGGGAUUCCCUAUCUCAUUGGCACCUGUAUUUAUUCAUUCAUGUGUCAUCAUUCACUGCCAAGUUUGCUGACACCGAUCUCCAACAAAAAAGGUUUGAAAAAGCUGAUCUCGAUGGACUACUUUCUGAUCUGUGCAUUUUACCUGUCAUUGGCUUUGACGGGAAUCUUCGCAUUUAGCGAAAUCAAGGAUUUGUACACACUAAACUUUGUUCCGAACUCAGACCAGGACAGCACUUUCCUAAAGGCAAUCGAGUACUUCUUGGCUCUGUUCCCUGUGUUCACUCUAUCCACUAGCUUCCCGAUCAUUGCCAUCACUCUACGCAGCAACCUACAGACGCUGUUUCUGGACACAACGCAACUUGAUUCGUACAAUUUCUUCCUGAGACGAGUUUUCUUUCCACUGCUGGCAAUUCUGCCUCCGGUUGUGGUGUGCUUCUUUACCGAAAGCGUCAUCUCGCUGGUCGGUUUUACCGGAUGCUACGCGGGCACGGCCAUACAGUAUCUCAUACCGGUCUAUUUGGUUUACCAUGCUCGGCGAGCCUGCGACAGUAUGAUUGGGCGAGGCAUCGUGAACGAUUUCCGCAGCCCGUUCAAGGGUAACGGAUGGCUGCUGCUAAUUGUCAGCUGGACCAUCGCCUGUCUGGUGCUGGUUACGAUCGAUCUCAUGAAGUGAUGUGCUGGAGGUUUAAACUGCUACAGAUAAACACAUUCGAUCAUGAAACUAAAAUUACCCCAUUAGAAAAAAUGAGACUGACCACUGAAGCUAACAGUAAAGUAAGAUUUUUUGUUAGUUGACAAUUUAAACUAGUUUUUUUUAAUCCAUGCGCAAUCACACUUAAAUUUAAAUUAUCGAAAAAAUCUUAAAAUCCGCAUCUACCUGCAAAUAUCAGAACAGAUAGAAACUUGUUUUUCGAAGAUUACUUUAACACGUUGAUGACAACUCAAGCAAGCAUAGUAACUGAAAAGAUAGAAAAACUAUUUUAAAAUAUUUACCAAGCACUUCACGAAACUGACUACAUAUAUUGAAUCGUAACUGAUAUUGGAAAGCAUAGUUAUGUAUGUGAAAGCGUCAGACGCUGAUAUUUACUCCUCCAACCAAUCUAUAUGUGACUAGAGAUCAGAAUGUGUGACGUAGAAAACAGAAAUAAUAA